CCCUCUCUCUCUCUCACACACACACACACACACACUCACUCACAUCGCACACGCUCGCACUCACUCACUCACACACGCAUGCGAGCGAGCGUGCUGAUGCAGAGAGAGGCAGACAGAGAGCGAGAGGGGCACAGCAGACCUUGCACUGGACUACAGGACCGUAGAGCCCUGUUGCCGACACGCUGGAUAAAGCCACCACUCAGCCGUGGACUGAAACUUCAAGGGAUUUCAUUUCAGCUCGCGACCGCUCUCUACGAUUCUCCGAGGGGGGGACUCUAAAAAGGAGGGGCUUUUCAUUACACACACACACCCCCCCUCUCCACCAAACUAGAAAAGAUUACUCAGACUCCAGAAACUGAGGCACUGGUGAAUAGAGAGCCUGUGAGCAGACCCUCGGCCAGCGCGCGCCAGUGUUUGAAGCCUCGCCACGUGGGACCAGGUGCCAUGGGAGGCUGCCUCUGACAGGAGAGGCCAUCGCCCUGGGCAUCACCGCCAUCAUCCAGCGCAGCAGAGGAGCAGCUCCAGGGGACUCUGUUUACUCCGCCCGCCACACAGCUCGCCUGUUCUGGGACCUGCCCGCCGCCCCCCCUUACCGGAAAAACAGCGGAGAGAGGGGAGAAAAAUAAACCUGACGGAAAAGAGAGAGAGAAGGGGAAAAAAAAAGACUGAGCAAGAAAGAAAAAGAAAGAGGGGCCUUCAUGAGUCCAAAAGCGUCCUGAAGCGUCCCCGAGCAGCAUACACUGUACUCUCUUUCUCUCUCAGACUUCCUCCCAUCUCCAGCGCGCGUCCUGAGGAGCAAUGCGGCCACUCCGCGCCGUGCGCCCCCUGCUGGUCUGGGCCUCCCCGCUGCUGCUGCUGCUGCUGGCGGCCUGGGUCCCCGCCAGGGCCUCCGAGGGUGACGUCACCCCGCGCCUCAGCUUCACUUACGAUGCAAAAGAGAGGUCAGCCAAGAGAUUCUCUGCAGAUGGCGUCCACAAUUACACCUCGCUCCUCCUCAGCAAGGAAGAUAACAUGCUGUAUGUCGGAGCGAGAGAGGCCCUCUUCGCUCUCAACCUCAGCGAUAUCAGUGUGCCUGCGCUGCAACGCAACUUAACAUGGAACACUCCUGACAGAAAAAGGGACGAAUGCAGUUUCAAAGGGAAGGACUUGAAGACUGAUUGCUUCAAUUACAUCAAGAUUCUGCUGCGUGUGAACGCCACCCAUCUCUAUGUGUGUGGGACCUACGCCUUCAGUCCCAUCUGCGCAUACAUUAACACAGAUCAUUUCAUGCUGGUGAGGAGCCGGACAGGGGAGAUUAUGACAGAAGAUGGACGUAGCCGCUGCCCCUUCAACCCUGAGUACAAGUCCACCGCCAUCAUGGCAGAUGGUGAACUGUACGCUGGCACAGUCAGUAAUUUCCAAGGCAACGAGCCCGUCAUUUACAAGAGCCUUGGCCACGGCUCCGCAUUGAAAACGGAAAACUCACUGAACUGGCUUCAAGACCCAGCGUUUGUGGGCUCCGCCUACAUCCAGGAGAGCCUGCCCCCGGGCAACCCAGUGGGCGACGACGACAAGAUCUACUUCUUCUUCAGCGAGGCGGGGAAGGAGUUUGAUUUCUUUGACAACACCAUUGUGUCGCGCAUCGCUCGUGUGUGUAAGGGAGAUAAAGGUGGAGAGCGAGUGUUGCAGAAGAAGUGGACCACGUUUCUGAAGGCCCAGCUGCUCUGCUCGCUGCCAGACGACGGCUUCCCCUUCAACAUCAUCCAGGACAUGUUUGUGCUGACCCCCAGCAAGGAGGACUGGAAGAGCACCAUGUUCUACGGAGUCUUCACCUCACAGUGGUACAAGGGUGCGUCUGGAAGCUCAGCUGUGUGUGCCUUUACGAUGGAGCAGGUGGAGAGGGCAUUUAACGGGCGCUACCGUGAGGUGAACCGCGAGACUCAGCAGUGGUACACCUACAACCACCAAGUCCCCGAGCCUCGCCCUGGCGCGUGCAUCACCAACGCGGCUCGCGGCAUGGGCAUCUCCAGCUCUCUGCACAUGCCCGACAAGGUGCUGAACUUCGUCAAGGACCACUUCCUGAUGGACAACGUGAUCCGCAGCCAGCCCCUCCUACUCAAGCGCAACGUGCGCUACACACAGAUCGCGGUCCACCAGGUGCAGUCGGUCCACAAGGCCUACGACGUGCUCUUCAUCGGCACAGAUGAUGGUAGGCUCCACAAGGCCAUCAACGUGCAGGGCAAGAUGCACAUCAUUGAGGAGAUGGUCCUGUUCCAUACACCCCAGCCUGUGCAACACAUCGAGCUUGAUAUAGAGAAGGGUCUGCUGUACGUGUCCUCCUUCUCCGGGCUGGCCGAGGUCCCCGUGGCCAACUGUUCCAACUACCCGAGCUGCGGGGAGUGUGUCCUCUCCAGGGACCCUUACUGCGCCUGGACAGGGAGACAGUGUCUGGACGUCAGACAGGCGCCCCCUGGGAGCAAAUGGCAGCAGGACGUGGACAAUGCAGACACCACCGUCUCGUGUAACAAGACGGCACCCAGCACUCGGUCUCCCAAGCCCUCGUCCACUCGUGCGACCUCGUGCCAGCUGAUCGUCAUGCCCGCCAACACCUUCCGGGUGCUGCCGUGCAAGCUGCGCUCCAACCUGGCGGCGAGGCACUGGGAGUACGGCGCCGACGCCGGGCAGUUCCUCUACCCGAGCCCGGACGGCGGCCUGGUGGUGGUGGCGCACGCCGACCGGCAGGAGAGCUACGAGUGCUGGUCGGUGGAGGAGGGCUUCCGGCAGCUGCUGGCCAACUACUGCGUGCGGGCCGAGGCGCUCCCGCGGCAGGAGAGCACCACGCUGCUGGGGCGCUCGCGCACGCCGCUGGCCCCCCGCGAGGAGCCCAUCGCACUGCCCGGCGAGGCACGCUCCCCGCAGCUUGAGACCAAGACCUACUGGAACGAGCUGAUCGUGGUGUGCGCGCUGCUGGCCUUCUCGCUGGUGGCCUUCUCGCUGUUCGUGGUCUACCGCAACCGCGGGCGCAUGAAGUCCAUGCUGAAGGAGGGCGAGUGCCCCAACAUGGCGCAGAAGAAGCCGCGGCUGGCGGGGGGGGGAGGGGGCAAGCCGCAGCACGAGAGCCUGCCGCUCAACGGCAACGCGGCCGUGCCGCCGUCCGUCUCGGACCACAAGGGCUACCAGGCGCUCAACGACAACUACUUCUGCAGCACGCCCACGCACGAGCAGUGCUCCUCGCCCGAGAACAGCAAGAGCUUCUCCGAGUCCGAGAAGCGGCCGCUCAACCUGAAGGAGAGCCACGUGGAGAUCUCGCCCACGUGUCCGAGGCCUCGCGUCCGCCUGGGCUCCGAGAUCAAAGACUCCAUCGUGUGAUGAUGUGGGUGGCGACUGACGUGGUAAUGUAAGGAGAAAGUGACUGACAAAAGCAGUGGUGACUGAUGGGAAAUGGUGUUCUUUUAUUGGUUUAAAAGGACACUCCAGACAUGGGAACACUGAAAGGCUAAUGUCCUGAACUCACCGCAAUGGGACUCCUCAUCUGUGUUUCGUCUUUUGCUUUUUUUUUUUUCUUAAAAAAGAAAAAAACAGAAAAAAACUGUUUUGCACUUGGUCCCAUGGAGAAGGUCCUCAUUUUAGGUCUCGUGGUCCUGUGCACAUUUCCCUGCGUCAGCUACAACCAGCACUCCCAUAGUUCCUACCGCGAGGCUCAGAGGGAGAAGAAGAAGAAGAAGAAGAGAAAAAAAAGUGUUUGGUCAGAAGUCACAUCACAUCCAUGCCAAGGUGUCCCGAAAACGUCCAGCACGUUUCGCCCCCAAACCUGGUGAUGUGUUCUUCUGAGCUGACACGGAGGGCGCCGCCAAAAAAAAGAGGCCUCCUCGAAGAAGUCCGUCCAAAAACGAUCCGCUCGCUCUCAUCACCUCGGAAAAGCUGCUGAGCCAGAGGCCUCCAGAGGCUCGCCAUAGUGGGUCACGCGCCUUCAUUCCACCUGGUGUUGCCCUCGUCCCCCUUUCACCAGCACUCCCGUUGACGUGGUCCCUUGUUUCCGAUGCAACCAGAGGACUCCCGUAGAGGUAGAGAGAGAGGGCAGAGCUCAAGAAUGUACUCCACAGCAGACUUUGUAGUCCAUUUGAAAAUGACUGGUACUCUAGACUGGACCCCCCCCCCCCCCCUACAGGCACAGGGAGCCGUCGGUGAGCAGACAGGGGGUUGGACAGAGCAUAGGGGACAGACAAUGUCUUUGGGAUAUGAGCAUUGUCAAUGCCAAGGUAUUAAAGAUAUGUUGCCUUUAUUGAAAUUUGAGUAAAUAUGAGUUGAUGAGGUCUAUGAUCCUAUAUGAUCCUACAUACAGUAAUAAUGUGACAUCACUAAGUGGCAGUGUACUAUGCAAAGCAUAUAAAAUUAUAAUGUGAAACAGAAAGUCAUCAGGACACUUAGCUCACACAUCCAUCUGGGUGGCAGCCUACACCUCAAAACUAUCAGCCGAACACCUCAAAACUCUGUUUCACACUCAUGCAAUCACGUAUGGGAGUGAUAAUGAGCCCAGUGUGCAUCCAGCACUCCAAGCAUACAUUACCCACGAUGCAAAGCAGCUGCGGGGCACAGAAUCCUACACAGGGACCAUCGGGGCUCAGUGAAACAGUGAGUAAGAGUGUGUGUUCAGCAUGUGGGAAGCUGAACUGUCAGCAAGCGACUGAUAUACACCCAGCAGAGAUGACCAACAUCCUUCUGUGUUCGUUUACAUUACCAAAAAUUAUUGUAUGUCGUAUGUGCCAAAUAAACAAACAAACAAAACAACAUCAAUCGAAUGAUGGCAACAACUAAAUGGUAUCAUGUUGCAUUUAUGUAACAUGGUUCAUGGCACAAUCAAUUUACAUUAGGGACCUACGGACACACAUUUUUGUCCAUCAGAACAACAUUAGUAGAAACUAAUGCAAAUUUGCCUAAGAAAGUGUUUAUGAGCACAAGAGUUUACCAGCAUACAUUAAAUGGCCAGAUGGUAGGAGAGAAAAUAGGUAUCCAUUAAUUAGACCGUCUAGAUGUAUGUGGGCUGAUUGAGAAACAGUUCAUUUUAGAUAUGAACAGAGACCGUUUGGACCAGUGAAUGAAUGAUCAUGCAAGCAGGCAGAACCACAGUGAAGUAAAAUCUACCUAUACUGUAUCAACACACAGAAAAAGACUAAACGUGUUGCCCAACCACACCUCUCUGGGUUCUGUGUAUAUGUGUUCUGUAGGUAUACUUUUAAAACUCCAUAGCUUGACAGGGGUACUGUUGUCUCAGUUUCAUACCCACUACCUUAAUGAAUCAUGACAAUGUGACCUAAAAAAUAUAUCUCUAUAUAUAUCUAUAAAUGCAUUACAUUUCUUUCCAAAGAUAAAACUAUUCUGAACUGUAUGACGCACCGUCAUGUAGUAGAAAUUUUGUGAAAUUGUUGCCAGUUUUUUUUUUUUUUCAGCAGCAGCAGCAGCAGCAAAUGCAAACAUUGUUAUGGUGGAAUGUAGUGACACACUCAUUGAAAGUAUUCCAAAAUCUCUUUAAGUAAAACAUUUUGUGUCUUAUUUAAAUAUAGUCUAGAAAUCGUAUAAGGUAUUUUUUGAUUUCAUUUCAUCAGACAAAGUAGCUGAGCAAAAGGCAUACUGCUAACAGGCUGUAAUGGGGGAGACGUGUGUAUAUAUGUACAUUCUAAUUGUGUUUGUUGGGGACUGUUGUAAAUGGAAGGUUUCUGUAGUGUAGGGGCAGACAGACAGCACAAAGCUGCUUUAACCCACAAUGCAUUGUUUUUGCACAGAAUGUUGGGAAGCCUUAGUAGGGAAUGUGUUUUAUUUUUUUUAUUAUUUUAUUUUACAGUUCAGUAGCAGGUUCUUGUCAUGUUUUCUUUUUGAAGAUGCCUUCAAGCAACAUUUUAUGACUCCAAUGUUGUCUCUCUUUGGGACAUCAAAUAAUGUGCUUCUAGCCUUGUGACAACACGAUCAGGUUAACCAAAUAGCAGCCUUGUCAACUGCAUGCUAUUUUGUGGUAGAUGAAAAAUGUCAUUCAGGCUUACUCAAAGAUAUAUAUAUAUAUAUAUAUAUAUAUAUAUAUAUAUAUAUGAUUCAAUGCCUUUCAUUUGUGGCCAGUAACUGCACAAUAGAACCAAUAAAAAGCUAAAUGUUUUGAUUUUAUCCUUUUAAAGCAGUUUAUUGUCGUAAACCACUGUAAAUUGGAAGGCUGUCUGUGCAACAGUCCACCACUGGCUAUGUAUCUACUGUGCAUAAAAAACCUUCAUGGUCUAUCUAGAGUUAUAUACCCCAUAUACUAAGUACUGCAAAUACACAUACCGGUGUGUUCAUGAAUCAUACCCAGACACACACAUACAAUACACACACACACGCACACAAAGGUGCAUGCACUCUCACACACAGAGAAGCAUGCACACCCACAAACACACUCACACACAUAUUUGAAGCACAAAGAAUCUAUGACUUUAAAAUAUAUUUUCUGUCUUCUCUUUUACACUUGUCUUUCAUUUGCGAUUUUAAAACAUGCAUAAGUAUAUAAAACAACCUGUGGUAAUUCUAAAGAAAAUUGGCUUACCUUGCUCAUCCACUGACAAACAAUGGCGUACAAAAAUAGUUAUGAUAUUCAGACAACUCAGAGCAGAUUUUAUUGUUAAUCCACACACACACGCUGCAUUGUAUUUCGGUGACAGACUUAUGUUUUUAUGGGACUGUAGUGAGGUCUCUGAUCUCAGUGAGUGAAGCUGAGGAGGCUGUCAGCCCUUCUCCCAGGUGCAGAGGCACUCCAGCGUCAUGGCAACAGUGUGCCAAGUCUAUCGGACUCAUUGUUGACAUUGUGUAAACUUUUAUGUAAAGGUGUAUUUGUAAAUUGAGCUGCCAUUGUACAAAAAGCUGUUGUGAAAUGUAUUUUUUUGUAUUAUACAUCACUACUGUUUCUGUUGUUUUAUUAUACUGUACAUAAAAAGCACUUUAUUUUAAUUUUCUAAAAUAAAACAGAUAAAAUAUAUGUUU